AUGCAUUUCUUGUGUCUUCACGGGUCAAUGGGAAAUGUCACUGCAUUCAGUGCACAGCUAGGGCCCUUGCGACAACACUUGGAACAGGACAAUGCGACUUCUUUCCACUGUGUCAAUGGCCUGGUGAAGAGUGAUACCCCUGAAGGGUUUGGGGACUUCUUUGGGCCCGGACAGCACUAUCGCUGGAUAGGAAGAGAAGGCGCCGACGAAGACACAAUAAACAAACGAAUUCGCGGUUCGCGGGUCAUCCAGAGUCCGGAAGAUACGUUAAGAUCCCUGGUGCAUGAUGUGACCUGGAUCAACCACAAGGAAAUCAUGGAGUAUCUCGACGAGACACUGGAGCAGAAUCCCGAUAUCACGGGUAUACUUGGAUACAGCGAAGGAGCGUGUAUCGCAUCAACUUAUAUCAUACACGAGGAAAAGAUGCAUCGGGAGACUGGCCGCCCUCGGCGUAUCAAGUGCGGUAUCUUCUUCACCGGCAUGCCUCCCAUUAAUCCAACUCAGGGAUUUGUUCUCUAUGAUGACACGGAGGAUAUGGUUGAUGUACCCACCCUUCAUGUCAUUGGUUCAAUUGAUCCCUACCGAGCUGGUGCAGACGCGCUAUAUAAUGUUUGCGAUCCCGAUACGGCCGAGUUCUUUGAUACUGGCAAGGGCCACACUGUUCCGCGUGGCGGACCUGUAAUUGAUGAGCUUGGAGCUGCGAUUCGAGGGAUCAUAGAGCAGGCCGAAGCCGAAGAGUGA